AUGACUCGCGUUGUGACAGCACUCUAUCUAUCUAUCUAUCUAUCUAUCUAUCUAUCUAUCUAUCUAUCUAUCUCAGGCUCUUCAAUAUAUCUAUCUAUCUAUCUAUCUAUCUAUCUAUCUAUCUAUCUAUCUAUCUCUUCAAUAUAUCUAUCUAUCUAUCUAUCUAUCUAUCUAUCUAUCUCAGGCUCUUCAAUAUCUAUCUAUCUAUCUAUCUAUCUAUCUAUCUAUCUAUCUAUCUAUCUAUCUAUCCUUGUCUGUUCAUAUCUGCAUUCUUUCUUUCUUUCUUUCUUUUUUAAUUUGACUUUUUUUUUAAUUUUUCUUUUUGUUUGUUUCUUUUUCAAUUUCUCCCCUUUUUUUUAUUUCUUUCUUUCUUUCUUUCUUUCUUUCUUUCUUUCUUUCUUUCUUUCCAUUUGUUGUCUUUUUUCAUCGUCACCUCCUUCCUUCUUUCUUUCUUUCUUUCUUUUCAAUUUUACUUCUAUUCUUUAA